UUAACUUUCACUUUUGAUUUGGCUUACAGUCAGAUCCUCCGUAGCUUGGAUGAUCUGUUUGUUUUCUCUUUGCCGUUUCUGUCACAUUACACAUUUUAACGAGUAGAAGAGCGAACCGAAACACAGGUAGACGGUAUACUAUCAGAGGACCUGCAUCAAACAUUGUAUUUUUUAUGAAGGCUGAACUACUUUGUUAACACAAAGUUUCGAUUUCCUGCUGGCCAUGUCUUACUUCUCCAAUGACACCACGGUACAGCCUGUCAGUGUCCUCGAAGAUCCCACACAAAUCGCUGAGUCCAAGAAAGAGCUGGAGGCAUGGAAGGUGAAGGUAGAGAAAGCUGAUGAUGUGAAGACCAGGCUGGUAAUGGAAAAGCUGGAAGAAGAAGAAGCCAAGAGGAAAGCCAAGGAGCAGAUGAUGACUUAUGCAAACAAGCGGCAGGAGUGUGAGAAAAAAUUUAAUGAAAACCUGAAAGAAAUGCAGUCUGAGGUCUGCCAGCUUGGGAAACGCAAACAGGACUUGAUGGACAAGCUGAAGAGGUGCCAAGCUGAACUGGAGGCUAAAAGAAGCGAGUCCAUGAAACUGAGGCAGAAGUUUAAGAUAAAUGCCCAGAUUCCAGAUACAGAAGUGAAGUUCACACAGCAGAACAAGGAAAAUGGUGAUGAUGACACUUCAGCCAUCAGAGGAGUGUUUACCAUCAGCCAGAGACCCAGUGUGCUUCUGCGGGGAGGACAGGCACUCAUCACCUUUGAGGAGGAGAAAGUGGUUUCUCAGAUUCUCAAGAUUCCCAAGUGCUCUGUAUCCUGUGAGAAUAUUACCUUGGAUGUGAAACCAAAAAGAAUAGCCAUGGAUCCUGUUGUGAAGUUUGAGGUCCACCUUGAUAUUUCUAAAAAGGAUCUCAAGGUUGCUAAUGUCCCCCCGUUGAUGCCAGAAGAGCGAAUAAAGGACCGGCUGGAGAUAAGUUUCUCACGGCCCAGCAGAGGAGGGGGAGAGGUGGAGAGCGUGGACUACCAUAAAGCCACUGGGACGGGUCUGAUCACCUUCCUCCAUCCUGGAGUUGCAGAGGGCCUGGCUUUGAAAGGGAGGUAUGAAGUGGAUCUGGAUACUGCUGUGACUGUACAGGUCACACCCCUUUACAAAUACCAGCUACGUAAGUUUCAGACCUUCUGUGGCACUCCAAAGCGUACCCUCCUCCUGGAUGACAUCGAGGACAUUGAUGAUAUAGAUGAUGAUGAGGAAAUACAAGACCAUGUGGAGAUCCACUUCCAGAAGCCCAACAACUACGGCGGUGAGAUCGAGAGCAUCAAGUACAUCUCCGGUGGGAAAGUUCUGCAGGCCUUUUUCUCUGAGGACACUGUGUAAACUGAUCUAGUCAAAGCUGUGUAGAACGACUCACAAAUCAUUGCUUACUCUUAACUAAUAUGGAAUCAGUAUUGUAAUAUGCUUUUUGUGAUUUAGAAUAACUUCAAAUAUAUUUCUAGUUAUCUAAGCUGCUUUUUGGUAUAUUCACAUAUUCAUCCUGUUCUGCUGGGGGUCAGGUAGUCUGAGGAAUCUAUUCAUCAAGUUCAGAACUUGAUUGUCAAUAGUUUAUGAGAUAACUUAAUCAUGGAAAUAAUAAACUCAGAAAUUUACACCAUCAUUCAUCAGUGUUACAACUGCUUAUUUACAUUUAUGUGGGAUUCCUGUGACUACGGUCUAACAGGUAACUGAAUGCUUAUCUGAAUAUUCAUUCUAAGCCCAGGAUGUAUUUAGGGUAACUGUAAUCUGAUUUUCCUCUGGAAAUUUUUGCUCAAUAAAAGAUGACAUGCCGUUAAACACUUUCUUGAAACGAAGCUUGGU